AUGGCCGGCUGCAGCCCCGAGGAGAAAACUUACCGGCGCUUCCUGGAGCUAUUCCUGGGCGAGUUUCGCGGACCGUGCGGCGGCGGCGAGCCCGAGCCGGAACCCGAACCCGAGUCGGAGCCGGAGCCCGAGCCCGAGCCCGAACUGGUAGCGGCUGAGGCGGCCGAGGCUUCGGUCGAGGACUCUGGCGAGGAGGUGACCACUGUGGCCGCUACGGAGGAGGGGGAGCAAGAGCAGGAGCAAGACCCCGAGCCCGAAGAGGAGGCGGUGGAGGAAGAGGCGGUGGCAGCGGCGCAGGGCGAGGAAGAGGACGCGGCGGCAGCCCGGGGGCAGUCGGCCGUACAGCCGCCGCCGCCGCAGCCCCAGCUGCCGCCUCUACCCCCGCUCCCGCGGCCGCUGUCGGAGCGCAUCACCCGUGAGGAGGUGGAGGGCGAGAGCCUGGACCUGUGCCUGCAGCAGCUCUACAAAUAUAAUUGCCCUUCCUUUUUGGCUGCUGCUUUAGCCAGAGCCACAUCAGACGAAGUCCUUCAGAGUGACCUUUCUGCACAUUAUAUCCCAAAGGAAACAGAUGGCACAGAAGGGACUGUGGAGAUUGAAACAGUGAAAUUGGCCCGUUCUGUCUUCAGCAAACUGCACGAGAUUUGCUGCAGCUGGGUGAAAGACUUCCCUCUCCGCAGGAGACCCCAGCUGUAUUAUGAGACGUCAAUCCAUGCCAUCAAAAACAUGCGCAGGAAAAUGGAAGACAAACAUGUCUGCAUUCCUGACUUUAAUAUGCUCUUCAAUCUAGAGGACCAAGAAGAACAAGCCUACUUUGCCGUAUUUGAUGGCCAUGGGGGAGUGGACGCUGCCAUUUAUGCCUCCAUCCACCUGCAUGUUAAUUUAGUCCGCCAGGAGAUGUUCCCCCACGAUCCCGCAGAGGCCCUGUGCCGGGCCUUCCGGGUCACUGAUGAGCGGUUUGUGCAGAAAGCAGCCAGGGAGAGUCUAAGAUGUGGGACCACAGGAGUGGUGACUUUCAUCAGAGGGAACAUGCUCCAUGUGGCCUGGGUUGGGGAUUCCCAGGUCAUGCUGGUGAGGAAGGGGCAAGCUGUUGAGCUAAUGAAGCCACACAAACCGGACAGGGAGGAUGAAAAGCAGCGAAUUGAGGCUCUUGGAGGUUGUGUAGUCUGGUUUGGUGCCUGGAGGGUGAAUGGAAGUCUGUCGGUCUCCAGAGCUAUUGGAGACGCUGAACAUAAGCCAUAUAUCUGUGGGGAUGCAGACUCUGCCUCUACUGUUUUGGAUGGAACUGAAGACUACCUCAUUCUGGCCUGUGAUGGCUUCUAUGACACCGUGAACCCUGAUGAGGCAGUGAAAGUUGUAUCUGACCACCUGAAGGAGAAUAAUGGAGACAGUAGCAUGGUUGCCCACAAAUUAGUUGCAUCAGCUCGUGAUGCUGGGUCAAGUGAUAAUAUCACUGUUAUUGUGGUAUUCCUGAGGGACAUGAACAAAGCUGUAAAUGUUAGUGAGGAAUCAGAUUGGACAGAGAACUCUUUUCAAGGAGGGCAAGAAGAUGGUGGGGAUGAUAAGGAGAAUCAUGGAGAGUGCAAACGCCCUUGGCCACAGCACCAGUGCUCAGCACCAGCCGAUCUAGGCUAUGAUGGGCGCGUGGAUUCAUUCACUGAUAGAACUAGCCUGAGCCCAGGGUCCCAAAUCAACGUGCUGGAAGACCCGGGCUACCUAGAUCUCACACAAAUAGAAGCAAGCAAACCUCACAGUGCCCAGUUUUUGCCACCAAUUGAGAUGUUUGGUCCUGGUGCACCAAAGAAAGCAAAUCCUAUUAAUGAGCUAAUAAUGGAGAAAAAAUCAGUUCAAUCAUCAUUGCCUGAACAGAGUGGUGCUGGAGAGUUUCCCUCUUUUAAUUUGGGUUCAACAGGGCAGCAGAUAUACAGAAUGGAGAGCUUGUCUCCUGUCUGUCCUAGGUUGGAAGAUGAACAAUUCAAAUUCCUGGAAAAGAGAGUUUCCAGAUUGUCUCAUUUACGCUGUCGUUAUUCAAAGAGACGGCACGGAUUCAGGUUUAACCCAAAGUUGUAUUCAUUUAUGUCUGCUCAAGAGCCUUCCCACAAAAUAGGCACUAGUCUGUCCUCACUUAUUCGAAGUGGGAAGAGAACUAGGAUGUUCAGAAGUUUUCUGCCGUGGAGGCAAAAUAUUUGGAAAGGACCUAGUGCAAACAUGAUGAGGAAGCUCAGCAAGAGUAAUGAUAUUCCAGACCCAGGUGUCCCCUGGAGCUAUAAAAUAUAACCCUUCCUCGUUCGAGUAGGCCAGCUAGCUCUCCCCCAAUAAAAACACCAUUAUCAGAGUAGAAACAAGGUAGACAUUUCUGAAAUAUAUGUGCUUCAUUAUGAAACCAUGGAUGGCUCAAUUCUUAAAUGUAAAUAGAUCUCUAGGAAACUCAAAGUAGUGUUUUCAAUCAAAAAAAAAAAAAAGUAUUGGCGGUUUCACUAGCAAAAUUACACAACUGGUCCCUGUGAUGUGUUUCCACACCUACAUAUGACCCCCACUUUACUAUCCCUUCACAUCACUAGUGGAAGCUUGUGAGUUAGUUAUUUUAGUCAGGCUAUCUAGUGUCGAAAUCUCAAUGCAGGUGAAAUCUGGUUUGAUGUGCCUAAUAUAUCUAUGGAAAACUUAAUGCAGAAUCAGAUGUAGUUGGGGGAUGUUCCUCAAAAGAUUGGGGACUAUGAGGGAAACCCUCCCUCUCUUUUUUGGGUUGGUAAAAGACCAAAAGCCAUAUGGGUUUUAACUGGUUACAAUGAAAGUAGAAAACUAGUAUGAAAGUGUCAUUAUUUUCUGACUUGUGAGGUGGUAUAUAGUCAAAAAGAUUUACUAAUUUUUUUUCCUGUAACAUAAAAGAUUAUAAAAAUUUUCUGAAUUUAAAAAGUACUUCCUAGGGCUGUGUAGCUAUUUGGGAGUUUCAUAACCUGUUAUGGUGCUUUGGGCGGGAUUUUUAUUAUUUGUCAUUUUAGAAGACCGCUGUCAACUGGUUUUAACCUCUGAUGCUAUGAUAUUUUUCACUGUACCUUCAUCUCAGGAAUAAAACUGGUUUAAUGGAGAUGAUGUUAGGUACAAAUAUACUAGAAUCAAGUUGCCAUUUAAAAAGGAAAAAUCAAAUAGUAUUUCUAAGUUCACAGACAGCAAGGGCAUAUACUACUACAAAAUAAAAAGUGGUUUUGGAGAAUGAAAAAUACUGGUUUUAAGUUCUCUAACAUUGUUUCCCCCAAGGGAAUGAAGUAACUGGUGUGAAAAAGGUUGAAAGUACUGCCUAAAGCGAGCCCAGAGGCCAAGUGCAAAGGAGAAGGCAGGUAAAGGGAGACUGAGGUCUAUUUAGUUAUGGAUGGAGAAAGCUCCAGUCCUGCUACAGGCAGCUUCAGACUGCACAGAGGACUCUUUCUCAUUUCAGUAGUUACUUACAUUUGAUAAUUUCAAGUUGUCUGCUUUUUGCCAUUUCUGUAGUUUCAAGCUAGAAGCAUAUCUUCAACUAACAACAGCAGAAAAACUCGUAAUCCAAUUCAGUCAGCAAAGCAGCCUCUGAUUCUCUUGAGAAUCUUGAGUAUCACCACAUGACCUCUUUUCCUCCCCUAGUCAACUGUGGACCAGCCAUGCCAAUGGAUAAAAGCUGCCCCCUCACUCACACCACUGGGCGGCACCAAAUGCUCUGGCCGAGAAAUGUCCACUGCCUGUGUUUUUACAAAAUAAUACAAUUACUUUAUGUUCCCCAGACC